CCAGCUGCCAGUUUCGCUGCCUCUUCGUCGAAUCGCAUCUGUCUCAUGCUAUCUGUCGAUGUCUCACCUCAGCCGCAAGUACACCUGUCCUAGCGAGUGGACGUAUCAAACGCUCGAGGCGUUUAACAUCCAUGUUUUGAUGGUCGAGCCAGAAGACUUCUUCGGUCAACACUACGUCGCAGCCUCAGUUGCCGCCAUUCCCCCGCUCAUCUUCGAUAUCGACAACAUCAAUGAAGCAGUACAGCGUGCGCCCGGUGAUAUUAUCAAAUACUUUGAUUACCUCAAUCUGGCUACUACCUUACCGCAAGAGUCGACUGUGGACUGCCUUGUCCAAGAAACACUGCGCCUACUCCAUUUCGAUGCGCAGCGACUGCUUGUCGUGCAACACUUCAGGUACCCAUUCGAAAUGUGUGGCAAGGCCGUCACGACGGAGACCGAUGUCGCCUUAAUCCAUCCGAGCUUGCUGCUGCUGUUGAUCGCCGUCGAAGAUAAGCCUUUUACGCCGUUGAAGUAUCCCGAACCGCAGGUCAUCGCCGAGGCCAUCGCGGCCUUCCAAUACAAUAACGAACGGAGGCGUGACAUGGGACUGGAUCCUCUGAGCGCCUGGUCGGUACCGUGCAUGACCAUGCGAGGGGCAACUCCGACCCUUUACGUUGUGGACGUCACCGACGAGCUCAGCCGAGCCAUAAUCCAUGGAGAUUACCCAGAAACCGCGACGACCGUUAGGAGGUGCAAAGGGAGCUGGCUUAAGGGGAGCGGAGAUUGGGUGGUGACCAGCGGCGGCAUCGAGAAGAAGGGAUUUAGGAGAGCCAUGUUUCGCGAUCUGGAUGCUUUCCGCCUUUUGGCGAGGGAGCUGCGAGCGCCGCUGCACCCCAUCUUCGCGCAAGAAGACAAUGACGAAGCUACCCACGCAGCAGCGCCUACUGGAUCUCAAGUUUAGAACGCACGGCGACACAUGCAACCUCACCGCGCACACUUCCGCUGUCAUAUCGCUCUAUGGAAGAGAUGAGUCGAGUCGAGUCGGUUUAGAAAUUGUGCAUGGGAUGCUGGGUCCGUUUCGGUUUCGUUCGCUUUGUUCAUGAUUUGUUCGGGUUUUGUAUUUAUUCAUAGAGGUGCUUGCUCGAGUG